AUGAACGCUCUCUUUCGCUCGUCCGCUAUUCGGCGUGCCCCUCUCGCCCUGCGCACAGCUGCAAAGCCACAGCCCCUGUCUCGCCCAGCUCAACUCGCAGCCCUCGGUGGCCUCAACGCCAACACGAUUCACGUGCGCUUCGCCGCCAGCUCAGUCGCCAACCGCCCGGGCUCGCAGACCGUCGAGCACGCCACCCAGAAUGUAAAGGAAGAAGUUGGUAACUCGGCCGCUGACUGGGCGCGCUCCAUCGCCGGUGGCUCAAUCAAUGUCGGCUCUGUCACGCCUUCGAAAGACAACUUUGUUGGCAUCACGAGUGCCAUGGCCAACACCGUGCCCAAGCCCUACCUCUUCAUGGGUCUCGCCGGUGGCCUGCCCUACGUCGCCUCCGCUGGUACGACCGUCUACCUCGCCCACCAGGCAGGCAUGGCCGCCCUCGGACUCGACUCGAUGGACCCCGGCGUCGCGUCGACGAUUCUCGACCAGGCGCUCACGUUCCAGGUCACGUACGGCGCCGUGCUGCUUUCCUUCCUCGGUUCGCUGCAUUGGGGCAUGGAGUUUGCCGGCCUCGGCGGCCACAAGGGGUACCCGCGUCUCCUGCUCGGCGUCGCGCCCGCCAUGAUCGCGUGGUCGACGAUCGCUCUCGCGCCCACCACCGCGCUGCUGUGGCAGUGGCUUGGCUUCACGGGCCUAUGGUAUGCGGAUAACCGCGCGACGAGCGCUGGGUGGACUCCCAAGUGGUACUCGCAGUACCGCUUCUACCUCUCCAUCCUCGUUGGCACGUGCAUCAUCGGCUCUCUUGCCGGCACGUCGUACUGGGGCCCCGUCGCGGGCCACGGUCUCCUCUCGCACGACCUCAACAUGAUCCGCGCUGAGAGGAAACGCCGCUCGCCCGAGAGCGUAGGCACGAUCGGCGGUGACGUCGAGGCCAUCCAAGGCGGCGAGGCGGCCGACAGCUACGUCGUCCUUCGCCACAAGGCCAAGCCCGAGGAGGAGAACAAGGACGAGAAGAAGUAGGCUACUGCUCCCUGUCCUCCCUCACCUCUAUUCCCUUGAGGGUUGAGAGAAAAAAUGUGAACUCGCAAGCGAUUGGACACUCAUCACGCUGUAUGUAUGAAUAGAUGAUGUGGAGCAUUGUAUAGUAAAUGUGUAUCAUACCAACAUAGUAGUCUGUUAACUGUUAAUAUCAAAGCUGCAUUCGCC